AAAAAGCAGAAGGCUUGAAAACCAGAAAGAAGGUGAAAAGGCCCUUUUCAACAGAGUCUCCACAAAUCUACAUCUUCUCCCUCUAUGGUUCUCUAGACACCCUUUUCGCUGCUUUUCUCUCCUCCCAAGCUGAAACUUGACACCUCGCUUCGUAGCUUUUGACUCACUCUGGGUUUCACAGAACAAUGCUCAUCUUCUAAUCCUCUCAUCUCUCUCUCUACUGCAAUGGGUGCUCGUUGCUCCAAGCUCUCUGUCUGCUGGUGGCAUUCUCACCUCAAACCCUCCGUUCUCGAAUCCUCUGAUCUGGAAAAUGGGGGGAAAAGUGACAGAAACUCGUUACCCAGUUUCACUGAGUUCAGUUUAGAGGACCUUAAAGCUGCCACAAAUGGGUUUUCUUCAGAAGGCAUUGUAUCAGAGCAUGGAGAGAAAGCUCCCAACGUUGUUUACAAAGGGAAGCUUGAAAACGACCGGUGGAUCGCCGUGAAGCGCUUCCACAAGACUGCCUGGCCUGAAUCUCGUCAAUUCAUUGAGGAAGCAAGAUCUGUGGGGAAUCUUAGGAGCGAACGAUUGGCGAAUCUGAUCGGAUGUUGCUACGAAGGCAACGAGAGGCUGCUUGUUGCAGAGUUUAUGCCAAAUGAAACACUUGCCAAGCAUCUUUUCCACUGGGAGGCACAUCCCAUGAAAUGGGCAAUGAGGUUGAGGGUGGCCUUUUACUUGGCACAAGCUUUGGAAUAUUGCAGUAGUAAAGGGCGGGCCCUGUAUCACGAUCUCAAUGCUUACAGAGUCUUGUUUGAUCAGGAUGGCAAUCCUAGGCUCUCUUGCUUUGGCCUAAUGAAAAACAGCAGAGAUGGCAAGAGUUAUAGUACAAACCUGGCUUUCACUCCUCCGGAGUACCUAAGAACAGGAAGAGUGACAGCAGAAAGUGUAGUUUACAGCUUCGGAACCCUGCUGCUAGAUCUUUUGAGUGGCAAACAUAUUCCGCCAAGCCAUGCACUCGACCUUAUUCGUGACAAGAAUUUCCUGAUGCUGAUGGAUUCUUGUUUGGAGGGUCAUUUCACGAAUGAUGAUGGAACUGAGUUGGUGAGGUUUGCUUCCCGUUGUUUACAGUAUGAAGCUCGUGAGAGGCCAAAUGCAAAGUCCCUCGUUACUGCCCUCAUGUCUCUUCAGAAAGAAACAGAGGUUCCAUCAUAUGUUUUGAUGGGUAUUCCACACGGAACUGCAUCCUCAAAACAACCAUUGCUGUUGACACCAUUGGGAGAAGCUUGCUUACGAAUGGAUCUCACUGCCAUACAUGAAAUAUUGGAGAAGAUUGGAUACAAGGAUGAUGAGGGGAUUGCAAACGAGCUUUCUUUUCAAAUGUGGACAAACCAAAUGCAGGAGACCUUGAAUUCCAAGAAGCGAGGAGAUGCUGCUUUUCGAGCCAAGGACUUUGCAACCGCCAUUGAUUGCUACACCCAAUUCAUUGAUGGCGGGACCAUGGUAUCACCAACCGUGUUUGCUAGACGCUGUUUAUCGUGCUUGAUGAGUGACAUGGCGCAAGAAGCUCUUGGCGAUGCUAUGCAAGCCCAGGUGGUGUCUCCUGAUUGGCCCACCGCCUUCUAUCUUCAGGCGGCUGCCCUCUUCAGCCUUGGGAUGGAUACAGAUGGCCAAGAAUCACUCAAAGAUGGCACAAACUUGGAAGCCAAAAGGAACAAAAAUUGAAAAUGUAUAGGUUUUCCUUCUCUUUGCUUUUUCUAAUCUUUGCUCUUGUUUCUUGUAUUUAUUUUAAGUUGUUCUCUUUUUUCCAUUUUGGUAUUUUCUUACAUCAAAAGGGAUAAUGAUUUGGCCUUGAUUUUUCUUACACCAAAAAGGAUAAUCAUUGUUGGCCUUGAUUUUUCUUGUUUUAGCUCCUCUUGAUCUGAGGGCAUAUUUUAAUGCUAUUAUGCAAUUUCA